CGCUCCGCCUGUGAACAAGGAAGAGAGGGCGGUGCUUUGCAGAGGGCUGGUGGGCUGAGAAAACAAGCAUCCACCAUGACAGCCAUCAAGCAUGCUCUCCAGAGGGACAUCUUCACACCCAACGACGAGCGUCUCCUCGGCAUUGUUAAUGUCUGCAAGGCAGGAAAGAAAAAGAAGAACUGCUUCUUGUGUGCGACAGUCACGACAGAGAGGCCUGUCCAGGUUAAAGUGGUUAAGGUGAAGAAAUCAGACAAAGGGGACUUCUACAAACGACAGCAGACAUGGGAGCUCCGGGAUCUGACAGAAGUCGACGCAAAAGAUGCAAGCAAGGAAAAUCCUGAGUUUGACCUUCACUUUGAGAAGGUGUACCGGUGGGUGGCCAGCAGCACAGCUGAGAAAAACUCCUUCAUCUCCUGCAUCUGGAAGCUGAACCAGCGAUACCUGAGGAAGAAGGUGGAGUUUGUGAAUGUCAGUUCUCAGCUGCUGGAAGAACUUCCUAAAGCGGAAGAGUCUGUGCCGAGCGGUGAGAGUCAGAGUGUUGCCGGGGGCGAUGAGGACGCUCUGGACGACUACCAGGAGCUGAGCACCCGGGAAGAGCAGGACAUCGAGGGCAUGAUGGAGAUGUGCGAGUACGCCGUCUCCAAUGCUGAGGCUUUCGCUGAGCAGCUCUCCAGGGAGCUGCAGGUUCUAGACGGGGCCAAUAUCCAGUCCAUCAUGGCGUCAGAGAAGCAGGUCAAUAUCCUGAUGCAGCUGCUGGACGAGGCGCUGGGGGAGGUGGACACCAUCGAGGGGAAGCUGAGCAGCUACGAGGAGAUGCUUCAGAGCGUCAAGGAGCAGAUGGACCAGAUCUCACAGAGCAACCGCCUCAUCCAGAUCAGCAACACAAACAACGUCAAGCUGCUGGACGAGAUCCAGUUCUUAGUGAACUACAUGGACCUGUCAAAGGGACACAUCAGAGCGCUGCAGGAGGGAGACCUGACCUCCCCUAAAGGCAUCGAGGCCUGCAUCAACGCCUCUGAAGCUCUUUCACAGUGCAUGAACGUGGCCCUCAGACCAGGCCACGGCAAGCUGAUGGCUGUUACGCAGCAGCAGCUCCUGUUCGCUGAGCUGAGAGACACCUUCGCUCGCCGCCUCACCAAUCACCUCAACAACGUGUUUGUUCACCAGGGCCAUGACCAGAGCUCCACCCUGUCGCAGCACACUGCCGAGAUGAGCCUGCCCAAACACAGCCCGCUCCACAGAGACCUGCUGCGCUACUCCAAGCUCAUGGAGUGGCUUAAGAACACCCACAGGGAGAAGUACGAGGGCCUGUCCAGGACCUAUGUUGACUACAUGAGCAGAUUAUAUGAACGAGAAAUCAAAGACUUCUUUGAGGUGGCCAAGAUAAAAAUGGCGGGGACAACCAAGGAGGCCAAGGGCAAGUUUGGCCUUCAUGGCAGCUCUGGGAAACUGACAGGCUCCACCUCUAGCCUGAACAAGCUGACGGUGCAGGGCGCCAACAGCCGGCGCUCCCAGUCCUCCUCGCUGCUGGACAUGGGAAACAUGUCUGCCUCCGACCUGGACGUGGCCGACAGGACCAAGUUUGACAAGAUAUUUGAGCAGGUUCUCAGUGAGCUGGAGCCUCUGUGUCUUGCGGAACAAGACUUCAUCAGCAAGUUCUUCAAGCUGCAGCAGCACCCGACCGUUACACCCCCUCUUGCUCAGCCUGAAACAGAGGAUACAGACGGAGGCACGCAGUCAAGAAUUCCUCCCCAGGCUGAACACAGACAGUCUUUGUCAUCAGAGAAAGACCUUGUGCGGCUGAUGAUGAAUAAGAUCUUCCAGAGCAUCGAGACGGAGCUCAACAGUCUCAUCGCUCUGGGCGAUAAGAUCGACAGCUUCAACUCUCUCUACAUGCUGGUGAAGAUGAGUCACCAUGUGUGGACGGCUGAGAACGUUGACCCCGCCUCUUACCUCAGCACCACUUUAGGAAAUGUGCUGGUCACUGUCAAGAGGAACUUUGACAAAUGCAUUUCUGGUCAGAUCAGGCAGAUGGAGGAGGUGAAGAUAUCAAAGAAAAGCAAAGUGGGCAUCCUGCUUUUUGUAGCCGGGUUUGAGGAGUUUGCUGAGCUGGCUGAGACAAUCUUCCGUGUUGCAGAGCGCCGAGGGGACCUGGAUAAAGCUUACGUCAAACUGAUCAGGGCUGUCUUCAUGAACGUGGAGAAGGUAGCCAAUGAAAGCCAGAAAACCCCACGGGACGUUGUGAUGAUGGAGAAUUUCCACCACAUCUUCUCAACUCUGUCACGCCUAAAGAUCUCCUGCCUGGAGGCAGAGAGGCGAGAGGCCAAGCACAAAUACACAGACCAUCUGCAGUCCUAUGUGAUCAACUCUCUGGGGCAGCCUCUGGAGAAACUCAAUCAUUUCUUCGAAGGAGUCGAGGCCCGUGUAGCUCAGGGUGUUCGUGAAGAGGAGGUGAGCUACCAGCUAGCCUUCAACAAACAAGAGCUGCGCAAAGUUAUCAAAGAGUAUCCUGGCAAAGAGGUGAAAAAGGGACUUGACAACCUCUACAAGAAGGUGGACAAACAUCUGUGUGAAGAAGAAAGUCUGCUACAGGUGGUGUGGCACUCCAUGCAGGACGAGUUCAUCCGUCAGUACAAGCACUUUGAAGACUUAAUCGGCAGAUGCUACCCUGGCUCUGGAAUCACUAUGGAGUUUACCAUCGGGGACAUGUUGGAGUACUUCUCCAGCAUUGCUCAGUCUCAUUAGCCUCGCUGCUAUGCACUUUCACGACUGCCUCACAUUGACUGAUGAUAAACUAGCUAGUCACUAACUCCCCGUAUAUACUAUACUGUUUUUUUUUAUUGAUAAACAUUUCCUUUGAGUGUGUCUGUAUGUUCAUGAAAGGGAUUGGUGCAUUGGUAAGUGGUCCAGAUAUCUCUGCAAUGUGUGUGCCUGUUCUUCUGAGAUUCAUCAACUCUUCUCUUAAAUACUUAAUUGUUUAUUAUAUUUGUAUUGUUUCAUUAUGCCAUAUGUACAUAAUAAAUUCGCUGCUGCUGACCCAUUCAAUGCUA